AUGGAUACCCCAGAGUCUACCGAUGCAACGAUGCAGGAACAACACAUUGUCAGAGCUGAUGAAGUCGACCAGACAGGGACAGAUAUCUCCCCAGUUUCAGACGACCAAUUGAUGGAGGAAGUUGCCGAGGAGCUGCGACAAGAGAAAGAGCAUGUCUCUCCAGCUGAGCUUACACAGAAAUCUACAACGGCACAGUCUGAAAUCAUGGCCAGGCGUCCUGAGUUACGUCGUGAUAGUUCGGCUCCCCCUCCACCCCUUCAGCCACCCCCGCCUGCCCCGGUGCAGCAAAACAGUGACCGGCCAACUGAUUCGCUGAGCUUGGCUCAGUUACGGAAAUUAGUGGGAGAUAUGCCCAAGUUCGAGCAGCCAGCUUAUGCAUUCGAGUAUGCCGAUACCCAGCCAUUUGUGGAAGAACUAGACGAGUGGUUCCAGUACAAUGAUUUUGACCGUGUGAUGUUGAUGGGCAUGAAGUCUACCUUCAAUCGUCAAUGGCCUCAAUUUUGUCAACAAUAUUCGAUAUCGUCCUCGGAACCGCUGUGGCUGCAUGCUUCUGAGGAUCUACAAAGAGCCUUUGUGACUCAAUCCCUUGAAAGCACACAGAAUGCCGAUGUUUCCGUACGGCUUGAAGCAUUGGAGAACAUAUGCUACCUUGUGACCGGUGCGUGGGGUCUCACUGCAGGUUUAACGGCGCCAGACUACCCCUACAACCCAGAUUCUAAGACGCUGGCGGACCUUCCUCAGUCAAAAUCCAUGCAGGUCCAUUGGAUUGAGAAGAAUGUUUCUCUGGUUGAACAAUGCUCCGGCAUUCCAGUCUUGGUCAAGAGAUUGUGCCAAUUGCUAGACCGCAAUCGCUCUACAUUGGGACCUGAUUCCGAUAUAAACGAAUUCGAACGACUCAACCCAGGUGAUAUUCCGGCUGCUGAGCGGGAAGCGAACCUGGUUCUUACAUUACUUUAUUUCACGGUUGAGGUUGGCCGAAGACAAGAGUCUCGGGAUCCCAAGUGUACUGUCAUACGUGAUGUAUUUUCCCGAUCAGAUGAUUGCCUACUCGUCUCAAUUGUUCAAAUAAUCGCACGGCUAAGAUGGGAUGAGACUGCCAACAUUCCCCUGACCAGAAUUAUUCUCCUUCUCUGGAAGGCAUUGCUGCUUAUGUUUGGUGGCAGUGAUCAAUUGAAGAAGGCCAAGGAUGUUUUGGAACCCUCUAAAGCCCCUCAAGACGAAUCUGUCAACCGCCGCGGACCGUUCUUACACGCAUCUCCUUUGGAUUACCAUUUGUUCCGCCAAGAAAUUACCUCAAAAUAUCCAGCCUACAACCCUCCGACGCCAAUCGUUCCUCUUGAACUUGAGCACAAUUCAAUUCUACCUCCUCCCCCACAACAUCCCAGCAGGACUCAUUCGUCAAGUGGCCUGUUCUGCGGAGUUGGUCCACCGAUUGCUGGUGGGAACGGCUCCAUUUUUCAACAAGCUGUUCACAUAGCGACACCUGCCCCAUCGCCGCCACCGUCCCCCAUCGGUCCCGGUGGGAAAGCCGGAAAGAAGCAAAACUACCAAACGAACCAAAAUUUUCCACUCAUGUAUCCCCCCUUGGAUGAUUCUAGUAACCGAAUUGGUGGGAAAGGUUCUACUGAACGCCAAGAUGUGCUUGUUGAAAAACGAUGGGAAGGAAGUGAUGUUCCCGCAUCAAUCAUCGAGGCCGGUCAACUUUUCUCCAGCCAUGUCAAGAUGACGAGGGCAAUGCAGCAAUUGUGGGAGGAGCGUGAAAACUUCAUGAGAUAUGACCGUGGCUGGAGCGUAGAUCAGUCUCAGCGCGUUCCCGAUGCAGGUUUUCCAGACAGUUUGGAAUUUGACCAGUUGAAUCUGUCAGAUCAAGGUCAACCGGAGCCCAAACCAGCUAAAAAAGAGACGGAUGACCCAGAUGUCCAACGAAGACUGGAUGCCGUUGAAGAUUUCUACGCCAAAAUUCUGGCCCAUCUCCAAUCCAUUACAAUCGUUUUCUUGAAAAUCAUCCUGACAAAUGUCAGUGCCAUGGCAAACCAGGGAUCUCAAGCCUCCCGAAGUAUGGGUAACAGCCAUAGUGUCAAUGGCUCUUCGGAAUUCUCAGACACUUCCCUCGAGGAUCUAGAUAAUAUCCGACUGCGUGAGAUCACUUCGAAAGCUGUUUCAGGCACCUUGCUCCUCCUCGUGAAGUGGUUUAAGAGAUCUCAUAUUCUGAAGUUUGAAUACAUGACGCAGCUUCUACUCGACUCAAACUACUUACCCUUGAUUCUGAAGAUGUUUGCUCAUCAGGAUGUUGACCAGGUGGUUGCACAGAAAAACGACCGAGAAGAAUUGUCCUUCUUCUAUUUUUGCGCCGACCAUAAUGAUAUGGCUGGCACCGACAGCGAGGAUGAAGCCGCCCCACCGCCUAUUCUCCGCCACCGACAUACUAGCAGACCCGAGGAUUCCAUUGCGGGUCUGAUCGAAGGUCCGAUACGUCCAGAGGUGGAUGAGUUGGGCUAUCCCACAGCCCCUCUACCAAAAGAACCAAUUACCGAGUUUUCAUUCCGCAACUUCUUUUCAGUCAUCAACUAUCUCCACAUCAUGCAGAAAAUAACUCAUAAAAAAUCACACCGCUGCCUGCUGCUAGUUCAGUACAAAUCCAGCACAAUCUUACGAAAAGGUCUGAAGAUCCCAGACCCCCAUCUCCGCUACUACACUCUCAAGCUUUUCAAGUCGCAAGUGCCAUACUGUGGCCGGAAAUGGCGGCAGGGAAACAUGCGUGUCAUAACCGCUAUCUAUCUCUACUGCCAACCGGAACUUCGAGACGAUUGGCUUGCUGGUAUGGAUAUCGAUGCUGAGGUCGACGAAGCGCUGCCAUUGGAACAAGCACUUCGUGGACUAACGCACUGGUGGCAUCUACGUCAAUACAAGGAUAUUAUGGGUGGACCAGAAGGUACCUCGAUGAUGGAAGAGGAACGUGACUUCUUCGUUCGUGAACUGGAGUCCAUGGGCUGGGGUGUUAGUGAGGAUCUGCCAGUUGAGGAGUCAGACCUGACCAACCAAGGGACGGAGUGGGAUGGAGCCUUGCAAAUGGAAGGCUAUGCUUGA